GAAAUUGGUAUGAAGAUACUGACAAACACUCGCAUACUGCAGCCAGUGGAAAAACAGAGAUGCGUACUGCCUCUAGACGUGUUGGAAAUUCCCUUAUUUGAAAAGCGGACUGAAGAAUUUGAAAAGCGGACUCAAGAAUUUGAACUCAAAAUUAGAAAAUUUUUCCCUGACACCUGGCUCUGGAACCUUGUCCUUAUUGGGAAUCCUGUGGAUAGUAAACUUAGCCUAACAAGCAUCCAAGUCACGGUCCCAGACACCAUCACACAAUUUAAUGCUGGAGCCUUCUGUAUGGGUAACGAUGGUUUUGGCCUUUCCCCACAAGCUUCUUUGACUGUCUUUAAACCGUUCUUUGUAGAUCUUGCUUUGCCUUAUUCCAUCAUCCAAGGAGAGACGCUCUCUAUCAAAGCGAAUGUCUUCAAUUAUCUCAACCAGUGUUUAAUGGUCCAGGUAACCCUGCUCAGCUCUACAGAUUUCUCAGUGAAGAAUUGCCAGGGCUGCCUGAGGUCUAUUUGUGUCUGCGCCGGUCAAACAGCUGCCAUUAGCUGGAGUAUCACUCCCAACAUCAUAGGAUCGUUGACCCUGACAGUGAGAGUAGAAGCAGUGACCAGCAAAGAAUUAUGCAAUGGGAAGGUACCAUACGUGCCCGCAAAAGGAAAUAUAGACAUACUGCAAAGACAACUUCUUGUCAAGCCUGGAGGCAUCAGGAAAGAAAUUACUGAAAAUAUCUACCUAUGUCUGAACGCUUCCGUGAACAGCAUACAGAGACUAUUCUCACUUACGCUUCCAAGUAUAUGGGUGAAAAAAUCAGAGAGCGCCUAUAUAUCUGUGCUGGGGAGCCAAGCCUCCUUCACGCAGGGUCGAGCUUUCUUCAUGCUGAAUUUACUUCAGGUCACUCCAAACAUUGAUUAG